CACGAGACGUGACGUCGCGCAGGUGACAGGUGUGCCGCCGCCAGCGACAAGAAGAGGUGAUUUUAGAGGCGUUUAAAUGUCGCUGGAGGGUCCUUCAUAGAAACUGACUCAAAUGGAAACGAUGCAACUGCUUUAUUUCAGCGGAUUUUAUAUUUUUGGGUCAUUUUUAUUUUACCCUGCAGAGUCCGAACCGAACCGAGGCCAGCAGCUGCAGCUCCGACCGGGAAUUAAAUCCACAUUUUUAACAUAUUCUGGUUCAGCCUGACAUGGAGUCUGCAGACGGGCAGAGAGGACGGGACGGAGGCAGCCAGAGACGUUCCCCGCUGGACGUCAUCAUGAGUCAGAUCCGCAGGAAACGCUCGGCCUCAGACAGGAAGCCCCUGGGACGCUUCCUGUCACGAACCUCGGACCGGACAGGGAUCCCUGAGGACGCAGAGUCCGAGAACAAAGGACGCAGCCCAGCCUCCUUUUCAGGUGUUUCAGCCUCGGUGGAGAGCGAGAGCGAUGCCGGCUGGGGGAGGCUGCGUGUUUUCCUGCAGAAGCUGGGCAAGAAGGCGGACAGCAGGAGUCUCAGCGUUGCUCACUGCGACCUGACGGCUACAGACCUGCUGGAGCUCGGAUCGUUGCUCCGGUUCCUCCCUCAGCUGGAGGAGAUGGACGUCUCAUGGAAUGAGCUGAUUGGUGGAAGUCUGAUGACGCUGACCUCUCACCUCCAACAUGUGAGUGGGAUCAGGACGCUGAAGCUCUGCAGCUGUCGGCUGAACGCAGACGACGUCGCUGCUCUGGCUGAAGCCGUCGGUUCCGCUCCACUUCUGGAGGUCCUCGACUUAUCCUGGAACAGCGGCGUGGGUGGCGGCGCUUUGCAAAGCCUGCUGGGUAAACUUCCCCCGUCACUGCGGGAGCUCCACCUGGUGGCGUGCCAGCUGACUGCGGCGGACGCUGCAGCUCUGGGAGGAUCGGCGGCUCUUCUGCCGGGACUCCGCCUGCUGGACGUCUCCUGCAACCCUCGCCUCGCACAGGAAGCGGGAGCCGGCGGCUUCAGAGAGCUGGCGGCCGCCCUGAGCCACGCCGCCGCCCUGAGCGCCCUGCGGCUGCAGGGCUGCGGGCUGGACGGCGCCUGCCUCCACGCUCUGGGUACUUCCCUCCGCUGCCUCCCCUCCGUCCGGGAGCUGGACCUGUCCUGUAACAGGGGUCUGGCUGGAGGCCUGAGCCGGCUCACCUGUCACCUGCCUCACCUCACGCACCUGGAGAGCCUCGACCUUCACCUGUGCUGCCUGUCCCAGGCGGACCUGGAGGCUUUAGUCCAGGUGCUGCCCUCUCUGACGGCGCUGACCGAGCUCGACGUUUCGUCCAAUAAGGACGCGGGAGGCGCGGUGCACCUGCUGGUGGCCUCGCUGCCGCCGGCCCGCGUCAGGAGGCUGCCGCUCAGCAGCUGCCGGCUGAACGAGGAGUCCUUCAGAGCCCUGGCCCUGGCGGCGCCGUACCUGCGCAGCGUGGACGUCUCCUGGUGUAAAGUGGUGGGCGGUCGCCUGUCGCUGCUGCUGGACGCCCUGCAGCCGUCCGUCGUCCUGGAGCUGCGGCUCAGCGGCUGCAGCCUCACCGCCGCCGACCUGCAGCACCUAGCUGAUGCGUGCAGACUGGGCCGGUUCUCCGCCCUGCGGGUUCUGGAUCUGUCCUAUAACGGCCCGGUGGGCGACGCCGGCUGGUCGGCGCUGUUUGCAGCCGGAGGCCUGGGCUCUCUGGAGGAGGCGGACGUCAGCCUCCGACCUUUGACCUCCGCUCCCUGCUCGGCCUGGCUGCCGGCGCUGCUCGGUGCGCUGCCCCGGAUGCCGGCGCUGACCCGGCUGGCGAUGCGGCGCUGGACGGCGGGCGAGCAGGAAGGGAAGCAGCUGCAGCACGGCGUGAAGAACCGGAAGAUCCGGCUGGAGUGGGACCCGGAGGUCAGCGACGAUUUAAACCGAUGAGAAACUAAAAUAUGUGAAAUAUAAAGAGAUUCCUCUCAUGCCUGGAA